GUCCAGGGUCGCGAGCCCGGAAGUGGAUAAUGCUGCUCAGGGGGGAGAGGACGAGGGGGGAAGGAGAAGUGCUUCCGGGGAAACGGGUCCCGGGUUGGUGUUUGUAAACUUGCCUCGGUUCCGGCGGGGGCAGCGGUGGCCACGGGGUUGGCACGGCGUGCUGCGGCCUGGAGGAGGGGCCGCGCGGCCGGGGAGACAGCAGGAGGCCGCGCCUGGCAGGUUUCUGAAACAGAUCGUGAACUUCAUCUAGAGAAUUCAGCUGGAAAACCAAGACUGGAAGACUCUUUUUCUUCAGAUAGUAAGCAGGAACCAGGCAGAGACCAGGGAUUCUUGGAACAUCUAUCUUCCUUUUGGAGGACACUAAGUUCUGUUUGAAGACAAAGGCAGUUCAGUAUGGCAGCAGGACUGAAGGGACACGAAGGAGCUGUUACAGUGAUUUGGUGACAGUUCUUCAAACAACAGUGUCUUAAGAAAAGGUGGAUCGAGAAACUCGUGAACUUUUGGGUUGCAUUAAGAGAAAUCAGCAUGGCUCAGGCAAGUCUCCUGGCUUGUGAAGGCCUAGCAGGUGUGAGUUUGGUUCCCACUGCAGCCAGCAAGAAGAUGAUGCUGAGCCAGAUUGCCAGCAAGCAGGCCGAGAAUGGAGAGCGGGCAGGUAGCCCUGAUAUGCUGAGGUGCUCGAGUCAGAGCCACCGAAAAGACAGCGAUAAGUCCCGGAGCCGCAAAGACGAUGACAGCUUGGCUGAGGCCUCCCAUUCAAAAAAGACUGUUAAAAAGGUGGUGGUAGUGGAACAAAAUGGUUCUUUUCAAGUAAAGAUUCCCAAAAAUUUUGUUUGUGAACACUGCUUUGGAGCCUUUAGGAGCAGUUACCACCUCAAGAGGCACAUCCUUAUUCAUACUGGUGAGAAGCCAUUUGAGUGUGACAUAUGUGAUAUGCGCUUCAUCCAGAAGUACCACCUGGAGCGUCACAAGCGUGUACACAGUGGGGAAAAGCCUUACCAGUGUGAACGGUGUCAUCAGGUUGAAUCUGCAGAACACUAGAAUGAAAGCUCCAGGAGGCAGAGACCUUGUCCCUCUGGUUCUCCACUCUGUCCUCAGCCCCAAGAACUGUACCUGCCUUGAGAUAGAUACACAAUAAAUAUGUGAUAAACGAAGCAGCCACUCUGUGAGUAGGCACCUUUAGCCCAUUUUACAGAUGAGUGUACAGAUUCAGGGCUGUUAGAUAACUCGCCCACGGCCACACGGCUACUAAGCUCUAGGCCAGAAUUGAGACUUCGGAGCUUGCGUUCUUAACCACUGUGCACUCAUGCCGUCUGUGUACGUGCCAAGGGGGUGUAGAAUGGGAUGUGUGCCUCUCCUGUGUGGGGAAGGCAGCUCUAGCCAAUAGUAACUGAGUUUCUCCUCUCAGGCACUUAACCCUCCCUUUCUUCUCAGUGUUUUUCUCGGACAGAUCGAUUACUCAGACACAAACGGAUGUGCCAAGGGUGCCAGUCCAAGACUUCCGACGGGCAGUUUUCUCUAUAGGCGCAAGGGGCCCCGGGUGGUGGGAGUGAUCAGAAGAUUCUACCGAAGAGCGCACCCCUCUGGUCUGAUGGUCCCACCACCACCCCGUCUGUACCUGUCCCCCUCCUGGAGGAGUGGACCCAGGAGACCAGAAGAGUGCAUCGGGGACAGCAGGCCCCAGAGCUUCAGCUCUGUAAAUAAUCUGAGACUAUGAGUAUCUCGGGGAAGUUCCUUCAGCAUUCCUGGGUAGGGAAGCUAGUCCCUGGACCCUUGUCUGAGGUCUUAGGUGGGGACUAAAGGUACAGGACCAAGACUGAAGUGUGGCUCCCACAACCUUGGACUCCAGCUGGCAGCUGAAGUGGAAAAGAUCGGGGAGAGGGAUUUGUUUGUUCUGUUCUUGUUUUUGUUUAUCCAAAAACGAUUUCAGCAGGUGCACUGUGGAAACAGGUAAUACGGAGGUAUAGAGUCCUGGUCAAAGUAGGGACUGUGGCUGGUCCAGCCCUCCCCCAAAAUUGAGUUUUUAGUUGCAGUUGAUCCUCAAUGUUCCACAGCCCUGUACCUCAUCUCCUGUUUGAAGGAGAAUAGGAUCAGGGAUGGCAGCUGAGCUUACUUUGGUCUCCUUAUACACUGUAGGGACAAAAGGAAGAACAGUGACAGGAGCAGACAAGGGCUGGAUCCAAGAAGAGUGGACAGGUACCUCUCAUUUCCUUCGGGGAAGAGCAAGAGUUGUGGCCAUGGCUGUUGUAAUGGCCCAUGCCACACUGGUACCUAAUGGGGUCAGCUCAAGUGCCUUCUGGAGGAAACUUGGGUGAGAGUGGCCCCUUUCCUUUCUCUCUUUGGGCAGUUGGUCUUGGAGAUAGUUUUUGGCUACCUCGCUGAUAUUGACUCCUAAGCCAGACAGAUGUUGAGCAGGAAGUCAUGGAUGUCAAAGUGGGAUCUCUCUCCUUGUGCCCUCUUAGGAGCAACCCAAGACUAGCCCCAAGUUGGGUAACAGCUGUUGAAGAAACGAAAGGAAUUUGGUGUCCCCUGACAUGACUGUUGGGCAGUGUGAGCUCUUCUCCCUGCCCAAGUCCUAUCACUGUAUUCAGGUAGAGGAGAUGGGGGUCUGGCCUUCAGUCCCAAAGAACAAGGUCUUGGCUUCCUUCUUGAUGGCCGUCCCUACCCAACCAAGAACUGCAGGGCGUGGGGAUGCUGCGGAGAAAAAACUGAGGAGGAAACCUAACGUAGGUUUUACUCUUAACUGUACUCUUUGCUCCUCUCUGCUCCGAGCCCACCACCCUGUCCACCCCCCAAAAAGCGAUCGGGAGUGCGGGGUGUGGGUGUGUGGGUGUGUGUGUGGUAUGUGAGUGUUUUUGUAUGCUUGGAGAUGGCAUAUUAUUGAGCCAAAUCCUCCUCUAGCCCUCAGCUCAGGGGAGGAUGAGCGUAAAGCAGCCUCUCCUGACCACCUCCCCACCCCAGCAAAUCUGAAGGGUGCUUGAGGUCCCAAGAGAAGAACUCAACUUGGGGGACUGGAGGGCUUUGUUUUGGAGGGGUUUUUUAAGAUUGAUUCCACAGACUGGUGGUUAGGAUGUUUCUAACCCAAAUCAGGGCUUGUGAAUAUGAAUUUUCUAAAGUGAAAUAAAAACCCUCUUCCUGCUAAGGAAAGGAUCCUUAUGGGAGGUUCUGGGGUUUGGUUGACUCCCAGGUUGUGGCCUGCCCUGACCUGUGGGGAGGAGGGGUGAGUAAUUAUGGAAGAAUCAUGGAGACUUGACUUGGUGAACCUGACCAAGCUGUCAGUGGGGAUCUGAGAUGGCAAUCUCCAGGAAGUGAUUUCAUUUCCCAGAAAAAUGUAGGCAGUAGCAGCAGCAGACUCCUGGCUGUUACCUAUUCUGGAGGAAAUGGCGGGGCGGGGGUCUCCAUACCUCUGAGGUGUGAGGAUUUCAGGGAAAAAGAAAGGAGGCGUGACACCCUUUAGAUCUUCCCUGACAGCAUCUGAGAUCCUGUGGGGGAGACGCUGGGGAAUGUGUUUGCUACCUGUGCUCUUCUAGUUCUGUGCUGGCACUCCCAUUUAAUGUGGUCCAGAAACUAGACCGCGAGUCCUUGGACCUGCCCUUGGUCCCUGCAAGUAGGGCAUCUUUCUGCAUGUGAGCCAGCCCCCUCCCUGUUAGAGGGCUCUGCUGGGGGCUGGGAUUUGUCUAGGAUACAUUUAGAAAAUUCUGUCCUUCCAAACGCGCUUUUGAAAGUGGGAGGCUUUGCUUCCUGUCACCUGCGGCUAAUCUGUUUAUGGUUGGGGUGAGUUGGGGUAUGUGUGGAGAGAAUCACACGAGUGAUCUGUGCCCCUGAGUGUGCGAAUGUGUGUUUAGGUCCGGAUGUGCCCUGGCCCUUUGCAGACCUUGGCUUCCUGCCUGGGUGAGUGGGAGAGAGGGAACUUCUAAGCGAAUGUGCAAAGAGCCAUACCAGAACCACCCCUGCCGAGGACUGGGUGAGGGGAAACACAGGAGCAGGUGGUUAGCUCAGUUGUCCAGGUGCUGUUGUUCUGGGGCCAUGGAUGUGUGAGGAGAGAGGAGCUGAGAGUCCAAAGGAGCGAUUUAGCGCCCAGGGAGCCCAGGAGUCCCACUUACACCCCAGGGAAAUCACAGACCAAGACCGCUGCAAAGGCUCCUGGGCCCAAUGUUCCACCCCACUGCUGGGUGGGGUCUAGCACUGGAAAGCCGCCUCAGGUGUGUCUGGAGUGAAGGGAGAGGGAGGUAGGGCCGGCUCUCAGAGACCAGGACAUGGGAUUCAGGGACCUGGGAAAGAGUAGCGCCAGUUCCUAGGUGGGCUCCUGUACCAGGUCCCACCAGCCCUGCCCUUCCCAGCACCCCAAGUCUUUUCCGUCCACCCCCCCCCCAAUAGCCUCUUGUCAUCACUUAGCUACUGAUUGUGCCCCCAUGGCUUGACAUUGGAGGGUUAAAUGAGGUGUGGAGUCCGCCACAACUUUUAACCCUCUCCCCAGAUGUUCUUUGCCUCUAUGUGGCCCUGGGGCUUUUAUCUUAAUCCCUCCUACCCUACCUUUCCUCUCCAUCCUCUUUUUUUUUUUUUUAAUAUACUUAUUUUGCUAUUGGGGGAGGGGAAUAUCAAAUGAACAAGAUCACUUUUAAAUGGUAGUUUUUAUAAAAUGUUAUAAACUUGUAUCUUUUUACCAUUAAAGUGCAGUGUAUGUUCCUUCGUGAUAUAUUUAGGAUAUUUAAAUAAAAAGAAAAUGGGGCUUUUGUACAUACUAUCUCCUCUUUGGGAAGAAUAUCCUUGGGAGAAGCUUUUUCACUGGGGCCGAAGUAGUUUUCUUUUUUUCCACCAAGUGUAACCAACCACCCCACGACUUCCAGCACCCUGUAAGCUCCCCUUUGCAGAGAGCAACAAGUAGAAUAAAUAGAGGAUAUCAGUUCAGAAUAAGGAAAAAAAAAACAUGCACAGCAGGACAGAAUGAGGCCAGACACCAGCAAAGGCAGCGGUUCUCCAAGCAUGGUCUCUAGGCCUCCUACGUCAGCAUUACUUGAGGAUUCAGUAGCCCACCCCAGCCCACUGCUGCUUCUCCCCAGGCAACCCAUAUCGUGCAGUCUGCUCUGCACUUUAAGUUUGAGAACCUCUCCUUGCCCUCAGGUGGCAGGAGGAGGAAUGCACAAGAGCCUUCCUGAGGCCCAGGCUCUACAGCCUGCUCUCGCCUUGGGGUAAAGCAAACUGACACGUGUGCUCUGAGGUAAGACUCUUUAUUGUAUACGUGGGGGGUAGCCCCCACUUCUGAGGUAGGGAAGCAAGGUUGCCACAGAAGGUAGUCCCCUCUCGGGUGUCACUCUAAGAAUGAAGUAUGGGUGACCACUCAGCAGUGGAUUAGCCCCCUACCAAGCUGCUGACUGAGAGACCCCAUGCCCCAAUUCCCUCCACGCCAGAGAAGAGCCCUGCAGUGAGUGUCCCUCCCCACUUCAGAGAGGGGCGCCUUCUGCCUCUUGAAAGCGGGGGUUGACAGUAGUCGUGAUGGCGCUCUUGUAGAGAGGAUUGUUGUCCUGGGGAAAGAAGUCGGAAGUGAUGAGGAAAAGUCCCAGGACUCCGAUUUUAUCUAGUACUAAGAGGCCAGCCUAGAACUUGGGCAGGAGGACCCCAGGAGCUGAUGGGAAUUAGCAGAGGAACCAGAGUAAGCCCACAGAGGGGGGUAGGCCAGCAGCGGGGCGGCUAAGUAGAACGAGUCAGGGUGGAGGGUGCGACGGUGAGGCAGAAAGCAAAGCCCACCUAACCAGGGGAAGCAAGGAAAACCCCACCCAGUGGGGUAGCGGGCAGCCUCACCUGCUUCCAGUGGAGCUGCUGCUGCUCCUUUUCAAAACGGCUGUAUUCUCGGCGGUCGUAGAUUUCCACUGAGAGCCGAUAAGCCAGGACCAGUCCCAGUCCCACGACCACGAUGCCCCCCACACAGCCCAGCACGAUGAUUUGGGUGUGGUCUGACCCCUCUAUGGGAAAGAAACAAGAGAGGGCCUAGGAAUUGAUCACCAGUUACCCACAGCGUGUCCAGCCUCAUCCAGCCUCCCCAGACCUGCCUGUCAUUGAAAACAAAGGGAACCUCCACAGGGUCCAAGGUUAUCCCAGUGCUCAGGGCCUUAGCCUUGUCCGUUUGGUCCAGCACCUGCACUUCUGCCUGGAUUCAUUAGCUCCGCUUCAACCCCCAGCCUGACUUCCCAUUGUCUUUACCUCCAGAGUUCUGAGGCCCUACCCAUUAAACUUCCAGGGCCCCAUCUGGCAUGUCCACAGCAUCCCUGCCCACUUACUUUCUGGGGGUCUCACUCUCAGCAUGACCC